CUGCGGUGACGUCACUGAGAUGACGCUGUCAGUGGUAGUGUAGUAAUGUGUGCGCUCGUGUCUCCGCUUCACAUCUCAGAGUAUCACUCGUGCGUUUAGACCUUCCCCGCGCGCCUAACGCAUGGAGUUACGCACCGAGACGGUCCUGGCGAGUCUGGAGAUGACGGAGGGGGAAAGCGACGCCGGAUCGUCGGAGGGCGACGCGGAUUACGAGAGUUUGCCCGCUCAUGCGUCCCUGUGCACGCACAUGACCGCGGGCGCCGUGGCCGGGGUGCUGGAGCACACAGUCAUGUACCCCGUGGACUCGGUCAAGACACGUAUGCAGAGUUUACAGCCAGACCCAAAGGCUCAGUACCGCAGUGUGUACGGUGCACUGAAGAGGAUCGUGCGGACAGAGGGCUUCCUUCGGCCCUUGAGGGGCCUCAAUAUCACUGUGCUGGGGGCCGGUCCUGCACACGCACUAUAUUUCGCCUGCUACGAACAGAUCAAACGCAGCCUUAGUGACGUCAUACAGAAUGGAGGCAACAGUCACAUUGCUAACGGUGUUGCAGGAAGUGUUGCCACUGUCCUCCAUGAUGCCAUCAUGAACCCAGCAGAAGUGGUGAAGCAGAGGAUGCAGAUGUAUAACUCUCCGUACCGCAGCCUGUAUGACUGCGUCCUGACGGUCAGUCGCAAGGAAGGACUGGCCGCUUUCUACCGCAGCUACAGCACUCAGCUGACCAUGAACAUCCCCUUCCAGGCCGUCCACUUCAUCACUUACGAAUUCAUGCAGGAACAUUUUAACCCCCAGCGCCAGUACCGACCUGAAACGCACAUCCUGUCCGGCGCGGCGGCCGGAGCCGUGUCCGCUGCUGUAACCACGCCGCUAGACGUGUGCAAGACGCUGCUAAACACGCAGGAGAACGUGGCGCUCAGCUCCGCACGAGUCAGUGGACCGCUCUCUGGCAUGGUCAACGCGCUCAGGACGGUGUACCGGCUGGGAGGCGUGCCGGCCUUCUUUAAAGGCGCAAGAGCACGGGUGAUUUAUCAGAUGCCGUCUACGGCCAUCGCCUGGUCCGUGUACGAGUUCUUCAAAUACUCUCUGACCCAACAGGAACAACACAUCCAGGAACUGGGGAGGGGAGCUCAGAAGGCCAGCCCUACAUGAGUCCGUUCAGCCCAUCCAAAGAAUGAUCCUUCGACUCAAAGGGGAAUGUAGACGCUCAUUUCUAAUGCAGUAGACACUCCAGCAGCUUCUGUGUUUGAUGCUAAUGUAUUAAUUUAUUGGAAGAGUUUAAUGUUGUUACAAGGAUGUAUGGAGCUGCACACUACAGAACGUUCUUGAAAACAUGAUGGAAACCGAAAGGUAAAGAUGUGUAAAUGUUUUGUUUGUAUUCUCACUUACAUAACAUAUUUAUGAUUGAGCAUGAUGGUAUAUCUAUUUUUAUAUAUAUGUGCGCGCGCACACCAUCUGCUCAACGACACAAACCUGUGAGGAAGAACUUUUUUAAAUUUUAACUUUUAAAUAUUUUAGGGGUUCAGAGGAGUUUGCUUUUAAUACUUUAGUGUUUUAUUUUUUAUUUUAUUUUUAUAUAUAAUUUAAGACAUUCCUGAAUUCUGUUGCGCAAUAAUCAGACAAAUUUCUAUUAUUAUUGCUAUUUUUUAAUUAUUAUAAUUGCCUAAUCAUCUAUAAAAGCUGCUUCCAACUCCACAUUUACUAUUUAAAUUUGCAACCACUUUAAAUUUGUUGUAUUGUCUUUUUUAUUUUAUGUUUUGUCUUUUAAGAAAAUAUUGAUGCGUAUUGAUCUUAGGGAAGAUGACAAAUUUAAUUCGAUUAAAUGUACUGAUGAAGUACUGGAAUAGGUUGUAGGUCACAUCUAAUUAAGAGUAUUCAGAGUAGAAGUAAUCAAUGAACAAACAGACUCUUUUUUUUAUUUUUUUUUAUUUUUUUUUAUUCACCUUCGAUUCAGUUUCAUAAACCCUGACAGAAGUUCUUAAACUAGAUUACUCCGUUUUCAUGCAUUCAAUUUAUCCAAAUAUUUUUUGAUUGUCUAAUCUACUAUUAAAAUUGGUUUCCAAGGAACUGGAUUCUAGUUUAAUGAAAUUGCCUGAUUUCAUCUCACUAAAGCACUUGUGAUUUAUAGUGUGUGUAUUCCUCUGUUAAUGCGCUCAAUUAUUUUCACUUUAGCAGUGGAAGUUGAAGGCUGAAAUGAAUGAGUUUUUUUUUUGUGUGUGUGUGUGAUGACAUUUCUUUUAUUGUUUUAGGACAUAAUUGUCAAUGAUGAUAUAUAUUUCCAGUCAAGCCUGUGAUAUAAUUACGAGGUGUGAUCUAUGCAGUGGGUUUGUUAAAACCCUGAGCGUGCACUAAAAUCCCAAACCCAGAAUGAAAUCUUUAGUCCUUAAUGAGGCAGAUAAAAGGUUUCAUAGCUGUGACAAUCUGUUUUAGUCUGCGAGCAGAUUUAAUCUGUUUCUGAGCUGUUUGUGAAUCUGCAGCUGACUGAUUUUUGUUCUUUGUGUCGCCCAUUCAGAAUAAAGCUGGCCUUGAUUUCCAGAAAUAGACCUUAGUCAGAGUAGAUGGCAUAGUUAAUGUGUCAUGAAUGAAAACAAGGCUGUGGGAGACAAGUGUUUUGUUGUCCAAAUGAUUGACAAGCAAAUGCAGGUUCGACUAACUGAGCCUAACUGAGAACGAAUUCUGUAAUUUAAAGCUUUAUUUAAUAUAGAAGCCCGUUCUCACCACUAAAUAAAAUAUAUAUUUUUUUUAAUUGUCAGAUAUAAACACACAAAUCUGACUUCAUAUUUUUCUCGCAAUUGCAAUUCUGACAUUGUAACUUGCAAUUGUGAGUAAAACAGAAAGUCAGAAUUAUACAGUAGAUAUAAAAUCGCAAUUGCGACAAAACAACUCCGAAUUGGAGGUGCAUGUUGUUUGCAAGAUAUGAACUCACAAUUACCUUGUUUUAGUUUUUAUUCAGUGGCAGAAACGUGCUUCCAUAAUUUAAGGCAAUAGUUAACCGAACAAUGUACAUUUUCAUGUCAUUUGCUGACUUUUAUGUGAAUCCAAACUGUUCUUCCACAAAACACAAAUUAAGAUAUUUUCAUAUUUUUCAUCCAUCCAUUGAAAGCCGAGAAAACCAAUAUGUUCAAGCAUCAGAAAGUUCAUAAAGAAUCAAAGUAAUUAAUAUCUAUCAAUGUAUAGACAUAAAUUAUGAGAGCAUGUUAAAAAUAUCUUUAAUCCCUUUUGGUUUGGGUGAGUAGAUCCAUCCUUUUUUGGGUGAACUAAACCGUGAAACUUACAUUCAGUCCAAAGUUUCUAAGGCUUUACCCAAACUGUUCUCUCCUCAGAUUUCUUGAAUGAGGCCCAAUAUGACAGUAUUAUAGUUUUACAACCAGAAAUUAGUUUUCAUUCCCAUCAAAUUACACAUGGCACAUGCUCUUGAGGUCAGUGAGGAAUGUGCACUGGAAUCACGGACCAUCAUCAAGCGAGUAGAGGAACGCAUUUGUAAAUAGUGUAUAGUAUUCUUAAGAGUGGUUCGUUUUGACCGCUUUCGUUUGAACUCUAUUUUAUGGGACUUUUAAUUUGAUCAGACUUUCAGCUCUUGAUUGAGAUGAUACACAUGUAUCGGGCGCAGGACGUCCUGUUAGUGGACCAACAGAUGAAGCGCACACCGAAAGCAUCCUGCAGCCUUCGAUAUCACAGCGCCAGGGUUUCGUUUGCCUCUUCAGACGUUCGUCAGCCGUUUGACAGUGUUCGUACUGUAUCUCUGCAGUCGUUUCAUGGGACGGUGUGUGAGAGGGUUUCUGGAUGUACUCUGAGCUGACUGGUUCAGCUUUAGCUGUGUUCUGAUUGGUCUGUGCCUUUCUUGUGUCCCCUCUCACUUCCUGUUCCCUUGGACUUUUGUCCUCGGCUUUCUGUUUAUUUCCUCUCAUAAGGGCUGGAUGUUACGGAAGCCCGUUCCCGCCACUAAAUAAAAACUAAUGAAGUUAAUUGCAACUUUUUAUUUCACAAUUUAGACUUUUUUUCCCUCAUAAUUGUGAGUUUGUAUCUUGAGAUAUAACUUGCAAUUCUGAGAAAAAUAAGUAAUCAGACUUACACGUUUAUAUCUCGCAAUUCUGACUUUGUAACUUGAGUGUUAUACAGUCAGAAUUGCAAGAUAUGAACUCGCAAUUGAGAAAAACAUUUAAUUGUGACAUAAAUGACCAAUUACCUUGUUUAAUGUUUACUGAGUGGCAGAAACGGGUUUCCGUAGGAUGUCCCUAAUGCCGGUCCAGUGUGGUUUUUGUUUGUUUGCCUUCUGAUUAAAUGCUUUUUGGUCUAGUACUUGAUUUGCUGUGUGUGUCCAGACUAGUUUGUCCACUAGCAUCUAAGAACCAAAGAAAUGGACGACAUCUCUCACUAUUAUUACAGUAUCGCAGGGUUGCCAGGUUUCCACAACAAAACAUUUCCAAUUGCUCCCCAAAACUAGCCCAAUCGUGUUUCAAGGGAGAUCUCAGCUAAAAAUCUCAUUCCGGUGGGGUAAAGUACACGGUUUUGGUGGGGUUCCCUUGGGAAAAUUCACAUUUUAGGGGCUAAAUCUCACCUGUUGGGGUCACUUAAACCCACAGACAUGAAAAACAACCCGCGGCAACAGUGUUAAAGUAGCCCAAAUCCACAGGAAAACUGUGGACUUGGCAACACCGCAGUAUAACUUUAUACAUCACAAACUAACACGUCUUCAUUUGACCUGUCAAAUCAGUGAACGAUGAUGUUAGCAUUUGACAUAUUGAGAUUUGUAUAGCAAUGCGUUUUAGGUUUUCAUUUUUUAGGAUGCGUAGUUGGGUCAUUACAACAGAGAUGAUGGAUGUGGUGAUAUUUAUCACCAGGGACCACACAAAGCAGAGUUUUAUUUUAUUUGACUGAUCAAGGGCAAGUUUCCGUUACCCUUUGGCUCCUGUGGUAGGGUGGAAACCCCAUAGGUUUGCUUCUUCAGGGUCCAGCAUUUUUAAAUGCUUCCAAUCUGUAAUUGCUCUGCAAAACCAGCUGUUUUAAAAUACACAUUGUAUUCAAAACCAUUUUAAAUGUCAGUUUUCUCAUUUUUAAAGGUUUUGUAUUUGGGUCCAGUAUUAUUAACACCAUUCCGUUCGGUCUGUGUAUGUGGAUCUUGUCAGAUCAUCACUAGGUACCAUGUUUUGAGCCUUAUCCUGAUAUUUGUAGUCUCCUAAAUAUGCAUCUUGAACCAUGAACCAUGUCUUGGCCGCUCUAUGCGCACAUUGUAGAAGAAGUGGGAGGAUUUUGGUGUUAAAAAUAGUGCCAUCUAGUGUACACAAGGUUUUUUGUUUUCUUUGUUUUUUUUUUUUUUUUGUUCUGUACUGCAAUGAAAAUGUAAAAUGUAGACUCUAAAACUGAUUUAUGGAAAUGCUGCUACAGUUUGAAACACUGGAGCUGAAAUAAAAUGCACAAAGAUCAAA